AUCUGUUUUGGGCACUGUCCUGGGAAAGAGAUGACAGCCGAAGGGUAGACGUGGAGAGUUUCUUAGACUACUUCUCUUUUGUUUUUAACGAUUUAUAUAGUUAUAAAGCUCCCACAAGUAGAUUUUGGUCAUUUUCAAACAGGUUACCUUUAAAUUUAGGCAUUUAUCAUCCAAAGUGUCUUACAACACAGAAGCAUCUUUCUAUAUUGUCUACAGGGCCUUGGGCCUCACUGGUUUGACAGCAAUGGUACUUAUUCUGGGCAGAAGACUGAACCGGGAGGACUCUGGUGUCCGUGAGUCUCCAGCAGUCAAGCGAAAGGUUUUGGAGAUGGACAGCAAGUCUCUCAGUAAUCAUGAUGUGUUCGAUUUCUCCUCUGGCCCGUGCCAUUCAGAGAGCAUCCUGCAGAUGUUCAAUGAGUUUCGUGACGGACGCCUCUUCACCGAUGUGGUGAUCAGCGUGGAAGGUCGUGAGUUCCCGUGUCACCGCGCCGUGCUGUCGGCAUGCAGCAGCUACUUCCGUGCCAUGUUCUGCAACGAUCACCGGGAGAGCCGUGAGAUGUUGGUGGAGAUCAAUGGCAUCCGUGCCGAAGCCAUGGACACCUUCCUGCAGUACGUCUACACCGGACGUGCUCAAAUCACCACGGACAACGUUCAGUUCCUCUUCGAGACCUCCAGCCUCUUUCAGAUCGCCACGCUGCGCGAUGCCUGCGCCAAGUUUUUGGAGGACCAGCUCGACCCUUGCAACUGUUUGGGGAUCCAGCGAUUCGCUGAGGCGCACUCCCUGAAGCAGCUCGCCAGCCGUUGCCGUUCUUACGCACUGCAGAGCUUUGCCGACGUGGCCUUGCAUGAGGAGUUUCUAGACUUGCGUAAGGAAGAGUUGGAGGAGUACCUCGCCAGUGAUGACUUGGUCACUGGAAAGGAGGAAACGGUUUUUGAGGCAGUGAUGCGUUGGGUGUAUUUUAACGUGGACCAACGCAGGAUCAUGCUGAAGGACCUUCUCAACCACGUCCGACUGCCCCUGCUGCAUCCCAAUUAUUUUGUCCAGACAGUUGAAGGUGACCAGUUGAUCCAAAAUGCUCCGGAGUGCUAUCAGCUUCUGCACGAAGCCAGGCGCUACCACGUGUUGGGCAAUGAGAUGAUGUCACCACGAACCCGUCCACGCAGGUCUACUGGAUUUUCUGAGGUCAUCGUUGUAGUUGGGGGCUGUGAGAGAAUGGGGGGUUUCAACCUGCCCUAUACCGAAUGCUAUGAUCCUGUAACCGGCGAAUGGAAAUCCUUAGCCAAACUCCCAGAGUUCACCAAAUCAGAGUACGCUGUGUGCGCGCUCAGGAACGACAUUCUGGUCUCAGGGGGGAGAAUCAACAGCAGGGAUGUGUGGAUGUACAACUCUCAGCUCAACAUCUGGAUCAGGGUGGCCUCCUUAAACAAGGGUCGCUGGAGACACAAAAUGGCCGUCCUGUUGGGGAAGGUGUAUGCUGUAGGCGGAUAUGACGGUCAAUCUCGGCUGAGCAGCGUUGAAUGCUACGACUCUUUCUCCAACCGCUGGACCGAAGUGGCACCCAUGAAGGAGGCCGUGAGCUCACCGGCUGUCGCCAGCUGCGUCAACAAACUGUUUGUGAUUGGAGGAGGACCCGAUGACAACACAUGCUCCGAUAAGGUCCAAUGCUAUGACCCUGAAGCUGACACCUGGUUGCUAAGGGCCAACAUCCCUAUCGCUAAGCGAUGCAUCACGGCUGUAUCACUGAACAAUCUGAUCUACGUUUCGGGAGGUCUGACCAAAUCCAUCUAUUGUUAUGACCCCACUGAAGAUUAUUGGAUGCAUGUGGUGAACACGUUCAGCAAACAGGAAAGUUGUGGUAUGUCGGUCUGUAACGGUAAAAUCUACAUCCUGGGUGGGCGUGGUGAAAACGGAGAGGCAUCGGACAGCAUCCUAUGUUACGACCCGGCCACCGGCAUCAUCACAGGUGUGGCCGCCAUGCCCCGCCCCAUUUCUUACCAUGGCUGCGUCACAAUCCACCGCUACAAUGAAAAGUUCUACCAUUCAUGACAGUACAAUAACAAAAACACACUUUCGCACAGGGACAUGGAGAAGCUGAGCCUUACAGAUAAGGUGCCGUUAUAAUAAAUAAGUUAGUACCUGUGUGUUUCAAGACCCCAGUUAACCUAAAACCCGUCACUUAAACCCACAAAUUAAAAUGCCUCAUUUUAUAGUGCAGUAUAAGUAUUCACAUGGAUAUUAAAGCAACACUAUGUAGUUUCCGUGUAAAAAUGACUUGCAGCUCCCCCAUGUGGUUGAAAAGUGCAACAGUGCCUGGUCUCAGACAUUCUUCUGCAGGCAGGGGGAGGAGCGGGGCUGUGUUUCCUACCCUCCACCGCCACUUUCAGAGUGUGCUUGUAGCAGCUAGGAGGCUGCUCAGGUUGCAGCAACAGUACAAUUUGUCCAGUUAAAAGUUGUUCUAUCACUGAAAUAAUUUUAGAGACAUUAUUUAAAGGUAAAAUACUACAUAGUGUUGCUUUAAAGACACACCCAGGUCAUAAACGUACUGUAACUGUUUUGCAUUAUAACAUCCUGAUAAACAGAGAUAAAGGAUUGAUUUGAAAAUUUGCAUACUCAUCUAAAAAGCUCCAAACUGAUUGAAAGCUGAUUGGCUGGUUUAUCUCUAGAGGGCAAACUGCUCUCUCUCUCUCUCUCUCUCCAUGAUUUCUGGCUGCUUUCUGAUCUCACAGCCUAAGUGAUCUGGGUCAAAUUGCUCCAUUUGUGAUUUAUUUUCCAUUACACUACUAUUUCAUUUUCUAUAUUGUAUUUUAAUGACUGUGUAUGGUGUCUGGGGUUGUUUUUUGAGUGGGUAAAUUGUAUGAUUUAUUAUUUUUGUAACAAGCAUAUUGCAAUGUUGGACCCAUGUAUAUACAGUAUAUAUAUAUAAGUGCGUGUGUGUGAGGAUGAUGAUGAGACAGAAUUUGAUUUCUAUGCAGGAAUCACUUUACGUUGAGCUCCCAGGUGUUAUGGUAUUGUGUCCAAGACAAAAGAAUGUCUAAUAUAUAGUGUUUGAUUUACGUAUUCAUGCAUGCAUUUGGGUGACAUUAAUUAUUUUCUUUAUUUUGUAGUAUACAAAUAUGUCAUGGCUAUUAUGAAAUUUACCAAAAUAUUAAGUAUUUUAUAAGAUUACUAUAAGUUCUCUUCAUUAAUUUGAGUCGCUGAUUAAAUUAAGUCUUGCAUUGAUUAAAUAUUGCAUGUAAAAAAGGUUUUCUCAUAUUACAUGAUGUGAGGACCUUGUUUAUAAGUAAAUAUUUUUGUGCGUCUUCGUUUUUAAAUUAUUUAUUGUUAGAAUCUUACUUCUUGGUAGAAGUCAGAAAGCCCCAACCAAGCACUUACUUUUUUGUUUUAAUAUCUAUAUAUAAUAUAUAAGUAUAUAAUCUCAGUGUCCCGGAUGUAAAUAUAAAUUAAGCCGUCUUCAGGUUUACUGUAUCAGUAAGUUUUUGCAAUGGUGAUACAUCAGGCCAAAUGGCCAGUUCACAUUCUCUGCUUCCUCAACACAACUUUAAUUUUCUUAUCAUUUUACAGUAAUUUUAGCUCAAAUCUGUUUGCAGGGUACAGAAUGUGAUGUUACAGCUAAACAUUGCAUUGGUGUUUCUAUGGCUCAUGCAUGCAUGGGUUUACAAAAGCAGUGAUGUAAGUUUGCCUGCAUUUUUUCCACAUACUCUGGGAAUUUUGACCAUGCAAAGCCCUGCACACACAGAUGCUACAACACAAAGUGGUUUUUCAUUUUACUUGUAUUAUUUGAUUGACAAUUGUGUUAUUAUUAUGUUCUUUCUGUUUGUGCAAUUUAAUGCCAUUCAAGCAGUGCAAAUGUCAUUUAAGGGGUUCUUAAGCGUUGUUCUGAUUACAAUCUUUCAUUCGCUAAAAGCCAUAGAAAGAAUGAGCGCUCUUUAUUUGCAAACCUGUUUUUAAAUCCUUGUAGGGUAUUAAAUUAUGUGUGCAUGCCAAAAAAAAACGAUUUAACUCGUAUGUCAAUACCCAUUGUUAUGGUGAGGAUGUGCUUAAAUGCUUAUAGUGGUGACAGUUUUGGCGGAAAGAAAAGUGCUAAAUAUUACUCAAGUGCAUCUUAAGAAAAUACGAUUUUGUGCCUUGUGGCAGAAUAAUAGACUCUUGACAACUAGCCAAAGAAGUUCGGUUGUAUCUGUUAUUUCCUGCGCAAUGUUGUGAGAGAGCUUGCAAGUCUAUAGCGUGUCAUCGUUUAAAAUGUAUAAAACAACAAAUAAUGAGCCUAAUGUACAUGCAUACAUUUUCCUCAAUAAAGCAUAUUUUUUAGUAUGGAUUUGUAAA